GGAGUUAAUCUGGUUGACCUCAUCGCUGUACGCCAUUGGAGGUUUCGACGAGGCCAAGGGAUUCACUGGCGAAUUUUUCCUGUAAGAAUUAAUCUCCACUAUAUCUUUCCGCUAGCUGACCUGUGGUCAGGAUGCAUAUGGUUACUUCAAGUCUGUUCUUGCCCUCUCUGAUCGGACCCUUGACACCGAGCUCCCAGGCGCUGCUCCUGCGUGCGUACCUAGUGACGGUGUUGACAUGGUGGGUAGCGCGUGGUAGCCCAGCCCUGAAAAUCGAAUCCUUCAUGGCAUCCACAACCACUCACUUUACGGCUCCACCGUCCGAGGGAAACGAUGACUCUGACUUCCAAAAGGAGCAUUCCAAUCCCUUCUUGCCUAUCAUUCAAUCAUCCAUCAUCCACCCCAACGACCACUUACCCAACAUCCAACGUUCUUUCGCGCACUUCAGCACCCUCUAUGGCAACAGGCCAGCAGGCUACCACAAAGGUACGGAACUCGAAGGUGCGGAACUCCUUGAUGGUUCGUUGUUCGUUCGGGCAGCCUUACUGACAGCGAAUUACAUGGGGGAGGCAAACACUUGGAGUGUUAGUGGCUUUAAAUCGACGUGUAUUGUUGGUAUUUCCGUGUGAGACAAUCUUAAUGCAGUAUGCUGCUAGAUUUCCCGUCUCAGUGAAGGACAUCCGCGGAUGAUUCGAUGUAAUUCUUGAGAAAGUGGGUCCGCUCUGACUCAAAAGUGUG